AUGUCUCCAUGUCAAAUUCACGAUCACACGUCGUCAAUUAUUGAGAAGUGUCAAGAGCAGCUGAAGCCUCGUUAUGCCACCUUCAGUAAAGCGAAAACAGUUCCGUGGCUCGACAGCUGUUCUGUUGAUAUUGAGGAGAUCUACACACCUUUGCACUGGGUCCGAGAUGAAAGGAAGCCCAGCGGAGUGACACAAGAGGAACUUGGAGACUACACCGACAUGUUCAUAGGAAAUAGAUAUCAUCCUAAACCAACACGAAUGCUUGUUUAUGGCCGGCCAGGAAUUGGCAAGAGUACGUUUUGUAAAAGGGCUGCAUGUGACUGGUCGAAAUCCUUACAAGAAAUCCUAAUGAACUUUUACAUUUUACUUCUGAUCAAGUUGCGAGAUGUGUGUGACAUGGAAAACAUUCGUGAUGUAUUGCGUGCGUCUAAACUGCUGGCCGGUGAUGGUCUGGUCUCAGUUGAUAGUUUUUAUCAUUACAUAAUUAACAAUCAAGAUAAGGUUCUUCCGAUUUUGGAUGUUUAUGAUGAGUACAGCUGUGCAAAAGAACACUCCCACAUCCUUGAAAUUUGUAAGGGCGAGCUACUGAGAGAUUCCCACGUUAUUGUCACCACGCGACAAAUUAAAUGUGACGAGUUAAGAAGUCUUAGUCACGUUCUGUUUGAAAUUCACGGUUUCAAAAGCUGGAAACAAAUCAAAACCUUUGCAAGAAAAUUUCUGACAAGCGAGCAGGAUGUUAGUGAGUUUAAGACCUACCUGCAAGAAAAAGCUCUCAAAGGCAUGGCAGAAAUACCUCUCCUCCUGCUGAUACUAUGUCUGGUUUGGAUUGAGAGACGUCAUGAAGAAAUGCCAACAUCACGGGCCGACAUUUACACCAGUUUCAUUCAAACCAUGCUGAAUCACAGGAUCAAAAGAGAUGCUAAGUCAGAGCCUUUUAAGAAGUUGACCUCAGAAGAAAUCCGAAAAGACGUCAGUAAUACUGGGAAGCUUGCAUUUGAUGCGCUUUUACAAGGCUCUCUCUUUAUGCGCCUAAGUUAA